CCUUAACGACACACCCCACCUACCCUGCAAACAUCGACGCCUUGCUCCAGUACUCCACUUUUGUUUUUCCCUUGUGCAUGUGUAAGUUGGUUUAUUUACUUUUCUUUUUUUUUUUUUUUUUCCUUCUCGCGUUUAAGCCCGCCUGUCGCGCGCGUCUACCCACGUAUGUAGCCCUUGUAAUUAAAUGUGAGAAAAUAUUGCACACGUGUACUCAAAAGGGGUAAUAGGAGUGCGCUCCGAUCGACUGCACGCGCGAGAAUUAUUGAUUUGCCUCUCUGGCGUCGACGACAACAACGGCGGCUGGUGGAGCUUGCGGGGAGCUUUUUUCCAUCGGCUCGGAUGGGAGAAGGACGUCUUUUUUUGCGGAAAGGGGUAAACACGUUUAAAAAAGCGACUGAAAGAAGUUGAAGAUCUAAUUAUCCGUGAAACGAGAAUUUGAUUUGGCAUUCCACUUCUGGAUUUAAUCGAAUUUUUCUUCCGUCAAGAUGAAGAUCCGACUGUUGAAAAGUUUUCUGUAUUACUUUCAUCUGAGGCAGGGAACCAUCCUUAUCGCUAUACUCCAGCUGGUACUAUCCAGCUACAUACUGGUAUUCUUCGUUCUCGGGCUAACCCACGAGGCCGGGAUCCAAGAAAUGAUAGCGCGCGACCGAGCCGACGUGCUCGAACGCGAGGCCCUCGAGGAGAUCACCUCCAAGCACAUUAACAGCCACCGAAUGGAACUCGCCCACCACAACGUGGCCGAAAGAGUCUACUUGGUCUACUGCGGCCUCGUGAUCGUCAUCGUGCACUUUACAUCGACCCUGUGUCUACUCUACGGCGCGCUAAUGGUACAUACGAACAAUCGCUACCUGAUGACCCCGUGGAUGAUGGUGAUGAUGACGGUGAUCGUGGCCCUGAUAAUAACUCUCUUCCUGGUCGAGGAGGACUGCCCGUUCAUCGCCCUCAUAGGCGGACGAGCCAACGUAAUCGACCGUCUGCUGGUGCUGACGCUCGCCUUGAUCUGCUUCUACAUGUGGCUGGUGGUGUACAGCACGUACCGCGUCCUCGAGAUCAAACGGGGUGGGAUAAUCCACGAGGUGCACACCGUGGGGGACAACAAACGGUACACGCGCGCCACGAGCAAGGGACUCGUCAGCAGCGACGGGCGAAAAGCUCAGAGGCAGCACGUCUCUUUGAACGAACCGUACGACGUUUGAAGGGCUUAAGGAGUUUCUCGAGAUAUUUUUCUGACUAUACGAAGGAUGGAUGCACGAGGCUUUUUUUUUUCUUCUCUCAUCGCUUUGGCGAAUAAAUGGAAGUCGAUUUUUACUCUUGUAAGUUACGAAGGGGUUGUGUCGCAAGUAUAACAUGCAGGUGCUGCACGGGACAAAAUGGUAAAGCUGCUAUAUACGUGACAUAUACAUAAUAUAAUACAUAAACGUUAUAUAUUUUUGGUACUUGGGUGUCGCUCGCGAGUUGCUGUCUUGUACGCGUUGGUGUGUAUAAUUAUAUACAUAAAUGUGUUGUACGCCGCUUGACGCACGUCGCGAAAGAGGAGAAGAACAAUAAUUAUAAUUGCGGUAAAACGUGUAUUUUAAUAUAUAUUACGUGGAAAAUGAUAAUAAUAUCCUCAUAUCUUUUAAAAGUAAUAAUCGUCAUUACGUGGAUAAGUGUGGAACUAUAUCAUGUAGCUAGGGCAUUGUCGUGCAAGUUUCAAACUUAUGGUGAUUUUUUUUGUUUAAUAAUUGUAGUGGGUGGAGGGUAAAAAAUCAUCCAACUUUGAGUUAUAAUUUAUUUUUAUUUUAUUUUUUUCGGCGAUUCCACAAUUAGGUCGGGUUUAGGUGAUUGUUGAUUUUUUUUGUUACUGCUUUGUACGAUAAUCUCUGUUAUACGAUUUUUUUAUGUUUGAGGUGAUUAAGUAUGGUAAACCUCAUUCGAAGCGAAAUGAUCUCGAAAAGUAUUGUAAUUUGUACAUAUACACCAAAAUUGUUGAAAUUAAGUAUGUAUAGUUUUAUUAAAUUAUUAUGUAU